AUGACUGUAAUAAUUGCAGAGAUUAGCGAAUCGGACCAAUUGACAAAACUUGACUUUACUUAUCAAUUAAUUAAACACACACUCAACCGACAGUUGCAUUUAAGUGUUCGCAGGCACAGCGACUCGGAGUUGGCCCGACAUAUAUACUAUCACGUGGAGGACGAGGAUGACGAGGUUGAGUGCAGUUCGCGCCGAGAGCUUAAACUUCUCAAUGACUUUCUCAGACAUAGUGACGAAAACGUCGAAAAAUUUGCUGAAUUUAUAUAUAUUAGUGAUGAGGAAAACAGUGAUAAAGACGAUGAAUGCCAUGACUAUGAGUGCGAGGACUCAAUUGAUAGCAACUCUGAACACGAGAUCAACGAAACAUUAAAUGAAAGUUCACUGCAUUAUAAUGUUUGUUACGGUUAUGUUCACGAGUUUAUGUCCGACAAUGUGUUGCCGCAACUCAUCGGCGGUUUGGAAACUAUCGAUGAGGAGGACGACGAAGACCUGAGUUCCGCCUCAUCUCACAAAUACUAUUCAUAUGCUUGCAGUGAUGAUAGCACUGCCCUACACCAACAGCACAGUGAGGAAGAGAUUCUGUCUCCCUGUGAGGACUUGGAUGGCAACGAUGUGCUCAUACCUCCGCCUGACAUAGACUUUGGUGAAGAUCCCGAAUCGCAGACCGCCUUCUUUGAACACAUCGACCAACAAAGUGAUAAGACAUCAGAUAUCCUUCCAUUAGCGUUGUCUCCUGAUUCAGAUGAUAGCGAUAUGCCCGCCAUCGCCGGCCCCACAUUCAAAGCCAAAGCACCAAAAAAUGCCGGUUCACUCCAACUCGAUGUUCAUCUCCACCCACACCUAAUAUUUAGUGACAAAAUAGUUGAAAAGCGAACCGUAAGACAGAAUCCAAUCCUAGAAUCGGAACAAACGCUCACCAGAACUGAACUGAACUGA